CUUCUCUGUACAACACGCGACGUGCAAGGCAUUAGACAUUGUGAUAUGGCUGGCGUAGGAAAAGGCGUCUCUUCUUGUCUGGAUUCCCUUUGCAUCACAUCUCAUUUGAAUCCACUCGCGAUAUCCAUUUGAUCGAAGGAGCGCCUUGCUGUUUCCCUCAAUUCAUCCUUUUAUUCACUCAACACGCGGCAAUGCCCACCCAACAAUGGCCCUCUCGCAAAAACUCCUCUCCCUCAAAAGCCCGCAACUCAAACACGCCGCCUUCCUCCUCGGCCUCCCAAGCACCGGCACAAAAGCCGACCUGGAGCCCGCAAUCCGGCAUCGUCUCCUACAACCCUUGUCCGCCCCUACGUCUCCGACUCCCCGCAUCCUCAGCAUAGACAUGGGCAUCAAAAACCUCGGCAUCUGCCUCCUGGAACCGCAAACCGCAACUCCAUCAACGCAAAACAUCAACAUCAUCGCCUGGCAGAAGCUCAACGUCCUCCAACACCUGACCUCCGCUUCCCCAACACCCCUCUUCACCUCCUCCGCCCUCUCCCAAACAGCCCUCCACCUCUCCACCACCCUCCUCCAACGCCACGCCCCAACCCACAUCCUCAUCGAGCGCCAGCGUUUCCGCUCGGGCGGCGCCUCCGCAGUGCAAGAAUGGACGCUGCGCGUGAACAUGCUGGAAGCCAUGCUGUGGGCUUGUUGGGCGACGAUGCGCGCUACCUCAUCGAAUGUGCGCGCCUUCCCGGCUAUGGAGGAAGCGAGUCCGGCUCGCGUAGCGGAUUUUUGGUGUGGAGGGCAUCAGGGCACGAUUGUUGAGGGGGCAUUGUUUGAUGGAGGUUGGAGGGAGGAGGUUGCAGACAAGGGGAAGGAGAAGGGCGGCGGGAGGAAGAAGGUGCAGAAGAAGGAGAAGAUUGCGCUUGUCAAGAACUGGUUGGCUGAGGCCGAGACUGUGCAGCCUUCGUCGCUGGUAAAGGAUGGUCAGGUUGGGUUGGAGUUGGUGGGGGAUGAUGCGCUGAAGGUAAAGGAGUACUUUCUUUCUUCGCGCAGAUUACGGGGUGGGCAGGGCGGUGUGUCGGACGAGGCAGAGGAGGAGCCGGUUGGGAAACUCGAUGAUCUGGCGGAUUGCUUGUUGCAAGGCGUGGCGUGGAUUCGAUGGAUGGAGAAUGCGCAGAAAAUGCGGGGGUUGUUGAAGGAUGAGAUUGAUGUUGCCCGACCAAUUGAAGGCAAUUGAUGCAUGGGCAGACGUUUGUCGAUAUGUAUGUAUUCAUGAUAUUGUUAGGCGU